UCCGGCUGAAGAACCUGGGCAGAAAGUCUGGGACCCGAAUGUGAGUGAUAAGUGGAGAUGGCGGCGUCGGCGGGCAGUAGAGCGACUCUGCGUGAGAUUCGCAUCCACUUAUGCCAGCGCUCGCCCGGCAGCCAGGGCGUCAGGGACUUCAUCGAGAAACGCUAUGUGGAGCUGAAGAAGGCGAACCCUGACCUUCCCAUUCUAAUCCGCGAAUGUUCCGAUGUUCAGCCCAAACUGUGGGCCCGCUACGCAUUUGGUCAAGAAAAGAAUGUCUCUUUGAACAACUUCAGUGCUGAUCAGGUAACCAGAGCCCUGGAAAAUGUGCUAAGUGGCAAAGGUUGAAGCCUUCACUGAGGAUUAUGACCAAGAACCCCAGAAUGUGGGCUCUGCUGGACAGUACAAUGAGAAAAUGUGUUCUCUUCCUUAUAAAGCUUGUGCUAUAAAAUGCCACUUCACAGUG